AUGCAUUUCAUUCUAGGAAAGAUAUGCCCUCCUGGCAUCGUGCUUCCUGUCAACAGCACCAACUGCAUCUCUACUUUUCUGCUGACAGGCAUUCCUGGGCUGGAAGUUGUUCACAUCCGGAUCUCCAUUCCCUUCUGUGCCAUGUUCUUCAUUACUUUGGUGGGCAACAUGAUCAUCAUGACAGUUAUUUGGAAGGAACAGACACUCCAUGUGCCUAUGUACCUCUUCCUGGCCAUGCUGGCUGCCUCUGAUCUGGGGCUGUCCCUCUUCACCUUCCCCACAAUGCUGAGGAUCUUCUGGCUGGAUGCUCGAGAGCUGACUUCUUUAGCUUGCUUUGUCCAAAUGUUCUUUAUUCACACUUUUCAGGAUUUUGAGUCAGCCAUUAUACUGGUGAUGGCUUUCGAUCGUUAUGUGGCCAUUUCUCGUCCAUUGCACUAUUCCUCCAUCCUCACCAAUAGUGUGAUUUCCAGAGUAGGUUUGGCUAUUGUUUUGCGAACCUUGAUUGUCCAGGUGCCUCUUCCCAUCCUCUUGCGGAGGCUGUGCUUCUGUCGCUCCAAUGUACUUUCUCAUUCCUACUGCCUGCAUCCCGACAUUAUAAAGCUCUCCUGCACCAACACCAGGAUCAAUAGCAUUUUUGGACUAUUUGUGGUGCUAUCUACAAUGGGACUUGAUUUUCUCCUCAUUCUCCUUUCUUACGUGUUCAUUCUGAAAACUGUACUAAGCAUUGCAUCCCACAGUGGCCGCCUCAAAGCCCUAAACACCUGCAUCUCUCAUGUCUCCGCUGUUAUCCUUUUCUUUACACCCAUGAUAUGCCUGUCUAUGAUGCAUCGCUUUGGCCCAAGACUUUCCUCACACAUUUAUGUGAUCAUGUCCAACAUGCAUUUUCUUAUUCCUCCUGUGAUGAAUCCUAUUGUGUAUGUGGUGAAAACCAAGCAGAUACGAGACAAAAUUUUAAGACUUUUCAUCAAAAAAGGACCAGAAGAUUCCCAAGGGACAUUUAUAACAUAA